GUUUUCACCUUGUGAGAGCACAAAACUCGCAAACGUAUAGAGAAGAAGAGAGACGAAAACCAAAACAGAACGAAGGGAAAAAAACAGUUCAAGCUACCCAUUCUCGAUCCUCCCCCCCGGCUUUGUUUUAAAAGGGUUGAUCAGAAGCUAGGUAGGAUCUGAGCGAGAGAGACCCAAAUGGCGAAUCGAAUAGACAACGAGUACGACUACUUGUUCAAGAUCGUCCUCAUCGGCGACUCCGGCGUCGGCAAAUCCAACAUCCUCUCCCGAUUCACCAGAAACGAGUUCUGCCUCGAAUCCAAAUCCACCAUCGGCGUCGAAUUCGCCACCCGAACUCUACAGGUAGAAGGCAAAACGGUUAAGGCUCAGAUCUGGGACACAGCGGGACAAGAGCGUUACCGAGCCAUCACGAGCGCUUACUACAGAGGAGCCGUCGGAGCUCUCCUCGUCUACGACAUCACCAAGAGACAGACCUUCGAGAACUCUCUCAGGUGGUUGCGCGAGCUAAGGGAUCACGCCGAUUCCAACAUCGUGAUCAUGAUGGCGGGAAACAAAUCCGAUCUGAACCACCUGAGAUCCGUUGCUGACGAGGACGGUAGGUCUCUGGCCGAGAAGGAAGGUUUGUCGUUUCUCGAGACGUCGGCUUUGGAAGCGAGUAACAUCGAGAAGGCGUUUCAGACGAUAUUGUCGGAGAUUUAUCAUAUUAUAAGCAAGAAAGCGUUGGCCGCGCAGGAAGCUGCGGGGGGUCUUCCUGUUCCGGGGCAAGGGACUGCUAUUAACAUAUCGGAUUCGUCUGGGACUAACAGGAAAGGAUGCUGUUCUACCUAAUGACUAAUCAAAAUCACACGUUUGGUUACAAGACUUUUUCUCUCUUUUUGAUUUUUUUGUUUUAUGUUAAAGAAAGAAGUUCAUUUAGCUAAUUAGCUGUAUUGAAACUGUGAUCAUUCAUUCACACACCAUUCCACAAAAAAGGAAAUAUUUUUUGUUUGUUUGUUUCUUAGUUGUUCUAUGUAAAAGUCUUGCUAGUGUUGAUUAAGGAUCUCAUUAUGAUUA